CUCAAAAAAAGCUAUAUUCGGAUAUUUCCGUCCAUAGCAGUAAUUCUGUUAUCGUUCCUCGGCCUUGUAAUCGAGUCUUAUAUCAAGCAGAAAGUGGACAGUUCUGGAGAAGAUGCGGAAACUGUUAAAGCAGCAGUUGCGGAGAAAUGCAUGGGCUUGUUCGAGGAUAUUUUGCAGUAUCACAAACAUCCGAAAUCGGUGCUGUUGGAUGAUUGCAAUGAUUAA